AUGUACCUUUCAAUUCUUGCACUCCCUAUGUUUGGUUCAGCAGUUGCUGGUCUAUUCGGACGUAAAAUCGGAGUAACAGGGGCACACAUUAUUACAACAGGAUGUCUUGCAUCUUCUGCUGUGCUUGCUAUCGUAGCUUUCUACGAAGUAGGUCUUUGUGGAUCACCUGUUUCUAUCGAACUAUUCAGUUGGAUCGACUCAGAAUUCAUGCUUGUACAAUGGGGAUUCCUAUUUGACAGUCUAACAGUAUCUAUGCUGCUACCUGUUCUUGUGGUUUCAUCACUUGUACACCUAUACUCUAUUUCAUACAUGGCAGCAGAUCCGCACAACCAACGGUUCUUCUCAUACCUGUCUAUGUUCACAUUCUUCAUGCUAAUCCUUGUAGCUGGAGAUAACUACUUUGUUAUGUUUAUUGGAUGGGAAGGGAUUGGUAUCUCUUCUUACCUUCUAAUUAACUUCUGGUACACUCGUAUCCAAGCUAACAAAUCAGGAAUCAAAGCUCUUACAGUUAACCGUGUAGGUGAUAUGUUCCUAUCUAUUGGUUUCUUUGCUAUCUUCUGGGUGUUCGGUAACGUUGAUUACGCUACAGUAUUCAGUGUUGCACCAUUCAUUAACGAAACAGCAAUCACAAUCAUUGGACUUCUACUGCUAAUCGGAGCUAUGGCUAAAUCAGCCCAAAUCGGACUGCACACAUGGCUACCCGACGCUAUGGAAGGACCGACUCCUGUGUCAGCUCUUAUUCACGCAGCUACUCUGGUAACUGCUGGGGUAUACCUGAUGCUACGAUCAUCACCUAUCAUCGAAUACGGACCUACUGUUCUAGUAGUUAUCACAUGGGUUGGGGCACUAACAGCAUUCUUUGCUGCUACAACAGGUCUACUACAAAAUGACCUGAAACGAGUUAUUGCAUACUCUACAUGUUCACAAAUGGGUUACCUAUUUAUGGCUGUAGGACUAUCACAAUACAACGUUGCUCUAUUCCACCUUGUGAACCACGCAUUCUUCAAAGCUCUUCUAUUCCUUGCUGCAGGGGCUGUUAUUCACGGUAUGGCGGACCAACAAGAUCUGCGACGACUAGGUGGACUGGUAAAUUUCCUACCAUUCACUUACACAGCUAUCCUUAUUGGAUCACUAUCUCUAAUGGCCUUCCCAUUCCUAACAGGAUUCUACAGUAAAGAUCUAAUCCUAGAAGUUGCUCUAGGACAAUACGAAGUGUCUGGUAAUGUUGCUUACUGGCUGGGAACUAUCUCAGCUGUGUUCACAGCAUUCUACUCAUUCCGACUGAUCUCUCUAACAUUCUUCACUGUGCCUAACGCUCCUAAAGGAGAUUACCUACAUGCACACGAAGCAGAUAUGAUUACUGUGAUUCCACUAGUGAUUCUAUCUAUUAUGUCUAUUGCGUUCGGUUACGUAGCUAAAGACCUAUACGUAGGAGUAGGAACUGAUUUCCUAUCAGCAGCCCUAUUCCAACACCCAGAUCACAUCUCACUGAUUGAAGCAGAAUUCGGACUACCUCUAGUUCUUAAACUGCUACCUGCAAUCGGUAGUCUAUUUGGGGCAUUCCUUGCACUCUACCUAUACCACUCCGUGCCAGCCUUCACAAUUGGUCUAACAAACAAUGUGAUCGGUAAAGCACUAUACAAAUUCCUAAACGGAAAAUGGCUAUUUGAUAUGGCUUACAAUAGCUACAUCAUUGGCGGUGGUCUACAUGUUGGACAUGUUAUUUCUAAAGUAAUCGACCGAGGGGUUAUCGAAAUGGUUGGUCCGUACGGUUUCACAGCUGUACUAACUAACGCAGGACGAUCCGUAGGAAGUUACGACACAGGAGUAAUCACAAGCUACGCUCUGUACAUCAUUCUUGGACUAAUCUCUUUCAUCUUCCUACUGUUUGCACCGGUACUACUACAAAGUGGUGCAGUUGACUCAGCAUUCGGAGGUGACCUUGGACUAAUCCUAGUAUACCUAAGUGCGCUUGUAUUACUACCAACAGCCAAAGCGGCUUCAUCAUCAUAA